GAAGAUCGCAAAUUCUACUGCGCACUCAAAGAUGCAGCUGGACGCUAGACUGUCUCUAUCUAUUGUCGUGCUACUCCUCGUGGGGGCAGCCAAGGCUCGACCCACUUUCGACAAGAUUGCGGGGGCUCUGAUCGAUGUGCUGGAUGAUCGGCCACAGUACUACCCUGCACCGCCACCCCCAAGGCCGGGAUACGCCUACGGACCGGGUCCACUCAUUCACGAGGGCUACGAUCAGGGCUACGACUACUACUACGGAGGAGGAUAUGGCCAUGGGUACCAGCAGGGGCCGCCACCAGGAGCUUACGGCUAUUAUCCGCCACCACAGCGACCGGCUCCGUCUGCUGGCUACUAUCCGCACAGGCCACAGGAGCCCUAUGGCCAUCCGCACAGGCCACAGGAGCCCUAUGGCCACCCACACAGAGAUCGGGGCUACAGUCAGGGCUAUGGAAGAUCAGUCGGACCAGUUGGAACACCACCUGCAUCCACUGGCGGUUACAAGCAGCGGGGCUACUAGCGUUCGCCUGUGACAUAAGUGCUCCCCCACUCCCACUCCCCUCCCCACCAAUCUUCCCACCUUCCACCUUUCCAUCUGUUUGUCAAUGUGUAAUUUAUUAAAUUGAAAUUCGUGAAUCUUC